UGAGGUGUCUGAGCCCCGCGAGGCCAGAAAAAAUCUCCACAGUGUCGUGCGCCAUUUUAAUACCCCAGACCUGACUCUGAAGGGUCGACCAUCUAUCCAUUGACUCCUGCAAUCAGUCAACAUGGGCGGCCAAAAGACAGCCAUCCUGUCCGUCUACGACAAGACCGGUCUGCUGGACCUGGCAAAGGGCCUGCACGAAUGCGGUGUCCGUCUGCUUGCGUCUGGCGGCACGGCCAAGAUGAUCCGCCAGGCAAACUUUCCAGUCGAAGACGUCUCUGCCAUCACCAAGGCGCCUGAAAUGCUUGGUGGCCGUGUCAAGACGCUGCACCCCGCCGUUCACGGAGGCAUCCUCGCGCGCAACCUCGACUCUGACGACUCCGACCUGUCGGCAAACAGCAUUGACAAGAUUGACUUUGUCGUCUGCAAUCUGUACCCCUUCUCCGAGACGGUUGCGCGCAUCAACGUCACCAUCCCCGAGGCCGUCGAGGAAAUCGACAUUGGAGGCGUCACUCUGCUCAGGGCCGCCGCGAAGAACCACGCCCGCGUCACCAUUAUCAGCGACCCCAACGACUACCACGACCUCCUCACCGAGCUCAAGAACAACGGCGAGGUCUCCGAGACCAGCAGGCAGCGCUAUGCGCUCAAGGCUUUUGAGCAGACGUCUGCCUACGACACGGCCAUCUCUGAGUUCUUCAGGAAGAAGUACGCGGGCGACGGCGCCCAGUUCCAGACGCUCCGAUACGGCGCAAACCCCCACCAGAAGCCUGCGACCGUGUCCAUGGCGGAGAAGCCUUUGCCAUUCAAGGUGCUCUGCGGCUCCCCAGGAUACAUCAACUUGCUCGAUGCGCUCAACGCCUGGCCGCUCGUGCAGGAGCUGAGCAAGGCGCUCAACUACCCAGCCGCCGCCAGCUUCAAGCACGUCUCGCCUGCAGGUGCAGCCAUUGGAGUUCCUCUCAGUGAGGUGGAGCGCAAGGUAUACAUGGUCGAUGACAUUGAGGGCAUUGAGACGUCAGGACUGGCACAGGCAUACGCCAGGGCCCGUGGCGCCGACAGGAUGUCGAGUUUUGGCGACAUGAUUGCUCUGUCGGCCGAAGUCGAUGUCCCAACCGCCAAGAUCAUCAGCCGUGAAGUGUCCGACGGUGUCAUUGCCCCUGGCUACAGCGCCGAAGCUCUGGAGAUCCUCAAGAAGAAGAAGGCUGGAAAGUACUUGGUGCUCCAAAUGGACCCCGAAUACGUUCCGGGGCCAGAGGAGACCAGAACUGUCUUUGGUAUCACGCUCAAGCAGCACCGCAACGACGCCAAGAUCCUUCCCUCCGACACAUUCAACACCAUCAUCGUGCCCAAGAGCUCUCCACCCCUGCCCGAGUCGGCUCAGCGCGACCUCACUGUCGCUACGAUUGCUCUCAAGUACACCCAGUCCAACAGUGUCUGCUAUGCACUCAAUGGCCAGGUCAUUGGUCUGGGAGCUGGCCAGCAAUCACGUAUCCACUGCACUCGCCUGGCUGGUGACAAGGCGGACAACUGGUGGAUGCGCUUCCACUCAAAGACGCUGAACCUAAACUUCAAGAAGGGCACCAAGCGCCCCUCCAAGUCCAACGCCAUUGAUCUGCUUUGCUCAGGCCUCGUGCCCGAGUCGGGCAUUGAGCGCGAGGACUUUGAGGCGCACUUUGAGGAAGGCCAUGUGCCCCAGCCUUUCACGGCUGAGGAGCGCAAGGACUGGCUGUCCAAGAUGGAGAGCGUGGCGGUCAGCUCCGAUGCCUUCUUCCCCUUCAUCGACAACGUCUUCAGGGCCCACAGGAGCGGAGCUAAAUACAUUGCUGCCCCCACAGGCAGCCAGAACGAUUCUGCAGUAUUUGAGACGAGUGAGAAACUGGGCAUCACGUUUGUUGAGCAGCACGUUAGGCUGUUCCACCACUAGAUGGGCAAUCGUUAGACUUUACAAAAAGCACAUGGUACCAACGACAUUCAUGGGAAACGAGACGGUGCAUUUGGCUUGGUGGGA